CCAGGAGCUUUAAGGCGGUCCCCAGACCUCCGGGCCCCUGACCCAUGAAAUUCCCCCUCCUGUAUCCACCCCAGCUAAGUAAAAUUCUGCGACGGUUGGGAUUAUGACGUCAUUGAUAAAUGUGUUCAGAAAAAGAGACGUCAAGGCACCCGAAACGAUGAUGUCAAUAAACCCGCGCAUUACGUUAUAUCUGUAGCGUCUUCGUCUGGCCAGGCUGAGUGAGUGUUGUUGAUCAGCGUAUCAAUACAAGCAAAGUUUCCCCGAAGGCACAGUCAAUACGUGUGUAUGACUCUCCUUAUCAAUACACUGCAUGCGUGUCUGGCUUAGCCUGUGUUUGUGUGUGGACUAAAAAAGAAAAGGCCCUUCAAACACUUAUUUUUUAACGAUUUACGUAGCGGUUGAAGGAAGUGUCGGUUAAUAUAUAUUCUCCAGUGUAUGUUUCUAUUGUUUGUGUACUUAUGGCGCAGAAUGUCUGCAUUUGACGGAGCGUGGUCUAGGAUUUAAAUGAGAGAUUAUUUAUAACUUUAAACAUGGCGCCGCCACCGGGUAGGAUUCACAGAGACAGAAGCGCUGUCAACCCGUGUUUGAAGUACUUCAUAUUCCUGUUUAACUUCGUUUUUAUGAUUAUUAGUUUAAUCACUAUCGUCUUGACAUCGUGGAUUAUCCAUGAGAAGGACAAAACAAUCGAUUCCUUUAUAGACGUCCUCCUGGACCCAAGCCUGAUGCUCCUGAUCGUAUCAUGCAUCGCCCUUUUCAUUACGUAUAUGGGGGCCUUAGGGGCCCUUCGUGAAAACGAAACCAUGCUUGUCAUAUAUUCCCAUAUUGUGACAUUCUUCAUAUUCAUCCAAGUUGUGGGAGUAGUGUUUCUGUUUUUAUUUUAUUAUGACAACUCUGUGUUAGUUACCCUCAACAUUUAUCCAGAAGAACUGUUCAAAGACGCCAUCAUAAAAUACCGAGAGGAUGCCGACCAACAGGACUUUAUAGACUACUGGCAAAAACAGAUGGAUUGCUGUGGGUUCAGUGAUGAUGAUGAAGGAUACAAGGCUUGGAAUGCGAACAUGUAUUUCAACUGUACAGAGGAAAAUACUAGUGCAGAAAGCUGCGCGGUACCGUGGUCAUGUUGUGUCCUCAAUGACGGAGACAAGCUCAACUUACUCUGCGGUAACGGAGCGCUGAAAGCAAUGACUUCUUCAAGUUUAAAGGACCAGAUUUACACGAGGGGCUGUCUGAAGGCCGUGAGAGUCUGGGUGGGGUCUAACGUCUUUGUAUUUGGAUGUGUGGUCAUCGCCGUACUGGUUCCUCAGGUAUUAGCGAUUUGCUUUGCAAGAAAUCUCAACGACCAGAUAUUGAUUCAGAAAUCCAAAUGGUUGCACGGUUGAUUUUGUGUGAAUGUCAAGGCCAAAGAAUGCUGACAUUGUGAUACAAAUCAAAAGUCCCAAAAUAAUCUCAUGAUUAUUAAAAUGUUUAUAUGCAUUAACACUACACAGGCGCCAAAAGUAUCAACAGUGGCCAUGGUUUCUUCAACGAAAUUAGCCAACGCUGUUUCAUUAUUUUUUUUUCUAAAAACGAGCAUGAUCAAAUUUCAGUUCAUUAGAUGGUCCUUCUCCAAUCACUGCAUUACCCAUGGCCAUUAAAUACAUUUUAUCGAUGUAUAAUAGUCAGGAAGAGGGGUGACAGGGGUCACGUGGGUGAAAUACCUUUGAAAACUCCGCAGUAUCAUAGUCUCUGAGAUCUGGGUGACCCGGAAAUGUUUGUCAAUUUAAUUGGUGAUUUGAGACAUAUUGUGUUAUAUCUCAUAUUCAGAUAAGUUUUUGUGUCUAGUUACAUGUAUCCAGUGUUAUUUAAUAUUUUAUACUAGUUCUAUAUGCCCCAUUAUCUGGAAUCUUGUACACAGUUGUCAAUCGCCAUACCUGUAAUAUACAUUACAUUGGAUCUUGAAUGAAUGUAUGUAGAUGAAAGGCUUUAGAGGCUCUAGCCGAACAGUGUGGACAUCGAUCGAUUGAAAUGAUAUGCAUUGUAUAACAUAUCAAUUUAUGUAUUGUAAAAUGUAAUUGUAUUACUGAUUUCUUGUUGAGAAAUAAAUUGUUUAAAAGCAUAAA